AUGAAGAACUUCCUCUACCUUCUCUCGGCGGUCCUGCCUGCGGCUUUUGUAUCCGGAAAUACAGUGUCAACGACAAUAAACGUUGUCAACAGGAAUUUGGCACCCGAUGGUUUUACUCGAAGCACUGUCGUGGCUAAUGGACAAUUCCCCGCGGCACCCAUUAUUGCGAACAAGGGUGACAGGCUUGUGAUCACCGUGAACAACCGCCUCACCGAUCCCACAAUGCGUCGCGUUACUUCUUUGAAUCUGGACGGAGUAUUCGUCCAAGCCCCUGAAAACUUCGAUGAGGGCCAAGCUUUCGUCGCGCAAUGCCCUAUCGCUCCCGGCCACUCCUUCACUCAAGAUGUUCAACUCGACCCCAACCAAGCCGGAACUUUCUGGUACCACAGUCAACUGAGUGUCCAAUACGUCGAUGGCUUCCGAGGGCCAUUGAUCAUUUACGACCCCGAAGAUCCUCAGAAGCAUUUGUAUGAUGUGGACGACCUCAACACUAUCAUUCAAUUGGCUGACUGGUGGCACAACUCAUCUGUUGACUCUCUUGCGUUCUUCGCCGCUCACGACAUGAUCCCCGUCGCUGAUACUGGUCUCAUCAACGGUGUCGGAAGGUUCAACGGCGGCCCGGCUAUUCCCUUCGCUGUUGUGAACGUGGUUCAGCACAGACGUUACCGUCUCCGUAUCAUCAAUGAGUCUGCUCGCGCUGCAUACAACUUCUCUAUCGAUAGCCACAACUUCACGAUCAUCGAAACUGACGGUGUCAACACCAACCCUAUCAGCGGAAACCAAAUCCCUAUCCUCGCUGGUCAACGAUACUCGGUCGUCGUAAACGCAAAUCAACCUGUUGGAAACUACUGGAUCAAUGCACCCUUCAGUGGUGGUAACGCAGCUAGCAACCCGAACCAAAAUCUCACGUUCUCUCGUGCGAUUCUGAGAUAUUCGGGAGCUCCAAAUAGGGACCCUACCACUCCGAGAACCGAGGGUCCAACUGGCAGCGCUCUUCACCAGGUUGUUGAAGCUCAGAUUAGCCCCCUCGUCCACAACCCACCUCCCCCUGCCGAUAUUCAACUUGUCUUCUCGGUCGCCUUCACCCCCCUCCAAAACGGAACCGGCUGGAGGAUCAACAAUAUCUCCUACCAACCCGACAGGCAGAACCCCACCCUCCUCAAGGUUAUCCAGAAUGGUGCGGAAGCCCAGUUCAACGUCUCCGAACACACCAUCGUCCUUCCGCAACACAAGACCGUGGAAGUCGUCUUCCCAUCCAACGAUGAUGACGAACUUCAUCCAUUCCAUAUGCACGGUAUGAACUUAUGGGUCGUCAAGCCCGACAGUGGUACCGUCAACAACACCGUCAACCCGAUCAUCCGAGACACCACCGGAUCUGGUGCUGCAGGAACGGUCGUUCGUUUCAGAACCGACAAAGUAGGAGCUUGGAUCUACCAUUGCCAUAUCAUGUGGCACAUGGCCGCUGGUUUGGGUAGUGUCAUGCUCGUCGACCCUGCAGUGACUCAGGCGACUGUCCGACCCGGCGUCCAAUGGGACGGACUCUGCCCGGCAUACAACGCUCUUCCUGCGGAUGAGCAGUAG